UGUGUUUCGUUUGUUUAUCAUCUUUUACAAAGGACGCAAACUAUUUGGAACCCGAUUUUAUAAAUAUUUCAAUAAUGGCAGAAAUGGAGUGUCAAAGCAGCAAAAUGUCGGUCACAAAGGAAACAUCCACGACCCGCAAAGAAUCUGGAAAACGAGGUCGCAAGCCUGGGAGAAAGACAUCUGCAGAAAAAUUGGAUAUAAAGGCGAAGCUUGAACGAAGCAGGCAGAGUGCUAGAGAAUGCCGGGCCAGAAAGAAGCUACGCUAUCAAUACCUUGAGGAAUUAGUUGCGGAUCGUGAGAAAGCGGUUGUGGCUUUGCGGGCAGAACUGGAGCGCGUCGUUAAUUCAAUGGAAUAGACAAAUGAGUAAAAAAGUCACCCCAAACAACAAUGACCAGUUGCUAAAAGAAAUCGGAAUUCUUAAACAAGAAUAACAUUUCAAAUACAUUUACCUGAUUUAUUACAUUGAAGUUACUUUAUUGUUAUUUGUAUAAUAAAUAUAUAUUUAAGACAA